UUGUCGAAAGCUAGACAAGACGUAUCUUCUGAAGGAGGAGCCGCAUCACCCACCCUGGGUCGUUGGCCACCUCGGUGGGGCUGUGGGCCACAUCCUGACUUUGAGUAUCCAUGGGUUCGAACGCCGGCGGCGUGGUUCAGGCCGGCGGACGCACUACGACUACGAGCGAGCGAGGACGCGGUGGGGACGGCUCCCGGAGUCGCUCGGUUGCACUACCGACUACCGGCACGAGACUGCCGCGCCGCGGCGCACCCCUCCACGCAGAGCCGCCGCCCGCGCCCGCCGCCCGCCGCCUCACCGCGCACGACGCCUCCGCCGCAUCGAUUCAUUCACUCUAUACAAUUAUUCAUACGAGCCGCACGAUGGACUCGGGCGCGCCACCACGCUCCUCACCAGCACGUGAACGCGCGCCACGUGCUCCUCGCCCCCGCGCCAUCACCACCACACGCCCGGCCUCCGACCGAGCACGCCCACCGCUCACCCCCCGCCCCGCUCCUACUUCAACAUCAACAGAUGAAUUCAUCUAUAUAUAUUUUGACACAAUAA